AGCAAAAAUGUCCAGUCAUAAACCCAUUUCAGAUAUCUGUGCGGUGCAGCCGAUUUUGUGUUAAAAUGGCCUGCCAUACAUGUCCUACAUAAAGGUGAGCUGGGAGGUGCUGACGUCAGCUUCUAUUCAAUCUGCGCGUCCCCAAGCAGCCCCACCUGACCUGUUGUGCCACGUAUCAGUUCGUUUGUAAAAUAAUUUCGUGAGGGGUUUGUGUGGUGUGCGAGGGGCGGACAGCCGUGCGGCACACCCUGGACAGGUCGCAUAUCCAUCACAGGGCAGAAUCUGCUUAUUUCAAAGGAAAACUCAGAGGAGGAUGAAACAUUUCUUCAGUUUCAGCUUUUCUUUUGUUGUUUUAUCACACCAAGUCCUCUGCACUGAAUGCCUAAAUGAAGCCAAGGCUCCAGGUGACAUCAUUAUUGGAGGAUUGUUCCCGAUACAUGAUGGUGUUGAAGCUGGAAGUGGCCAAGAAAAAUGGACCUGUAACAGGUUCAACGCUGUUCGGCUGGUUCAGUCCCUGAUGAUGGUUUAUGCCAUAGAGGAGAUAAAUCGAAGUGGAGAGUUGGGGAACAUCACUCUGGGAUAUCUCAUACGCGACUCCUGUAGCGAUGUAACCACGGCGCUGAACAACACUCUCUCCUUCAUGAGAGAAAACAGGAUAAGCAGGGAUGGUGCACUACAGUCUUCUCCGUCUGUGUUGGCUGUUAUAGGCGAAUGCUACUCAGAGAUAACUGUAUCAGUUACAAGACUGCUUAACCUGGAGAGCAUCCCUGAGAUAAGCUAUAGCUCAACGUCUGGUCUGCUGAGUGAUAAAACCCGUUUCCCAAGCUUUCUGAGGACCGUACCAGAGGAUGACCACCAAGCCCGUGCCAUCAUUGAGAUUCUCAAARAUCACAAGUGGGACUGGGUUGGCGUUUUGGCGACUGAUGGAGAAUACGGUCGUUACGCAGUUGAACGUCUCCGCUAUUAUGCAGCUGAGCACAAUAUCUGCUUUGCUUAUGUUUAUAUUCUGCCAGAGUUCCUCGUCAACACAAAUUAUGACUGCAACAUAAACGAUACACCACAUGAAAGACAUUUUUGA